GUCAUGCACUGCACUCAACAUCUGUUCAAAACUCAGUUUUGAAGUUAACCCUCUCUUCUCUUUCUCUUUCUCUUUCUCUCUCUGUCCCAUCUUAACACUCAAAUGGAUUCUCUCUCUCUCUUUCUCUCUCUGUCUCUCUGUUUCUUUCAGUUCCCCAGACUCCCAAGUGAGUCACUAACUAGUAACUAUACACUACCUGCAAUCCUCUCUGCUUUCACUACAUAAACUUGCCUCACCGCCCCUCUCUCUCUCUCUCUCUCUCUCUCUCUCUCUCUCUGCUCAAGUCGGCAAAUUUCAUCCCAUAACAUUUAACAGUAUCCUAAUGCAAUUUUAGCUAGACAAACGCAACCCAAGCUCCCAAAAGCCUCUCCUCAAUUACUACCUCUCUCUCUCUCUCUCUCUCUCGCUAUAUAUAUAUAUAUAUAUACACUAACCCAGAAUACUUCCAAAAGGACAAGAAAAGAAAAAAGAAAAAACAAUAAAAGAUCUUGUCUUUCCAUUUUACUAAUAAAAUACCCACAUGCCUCUCUUCCUUGUUACUUUGCAGAUGAACUAAAGUUUGUUCAUUUUUUCAAUGACUUUAGUGGGUUAUCUUCAGAAUAUUGUUGGAGGGUGAAUGGGGUGCAUGUUCUCUCAGUUAGCUGCAAAAUUUGCUUUCUUUCCUCCAUCUCCACCUACCUAUCAGAUCAAUAAGAGAGAUGAUGGCAAGGUCACUGUGGUCUCAUCGUCUUCUUCAAUGCCACUUCCUCUUGCUGAUGAUACUUCAUUUGAUGUGCUAUUGAUUGAUACAAAGAAAGGCAACAAGAUUGUUGCUUUUUAUCUGAAAAACCCAUAUGCAAGACUCACUCUUCUCUACUCCCAUGGCAAUGCUGCUGACCUUGGCCAGCUUUAUGACCUCUUUGUCCAGCUCAAGAUCAAUCUCAGAGUUAAUAUCAUGGGAUAUGAUUAUUCUGGGUAUGGAGCUUCCAAUGGUAAGCCAAGUGAAUCUAAUACCUAUGCUGAUAUAGAGGCAGUUUACCAGUGUCUUCAGACAGAAUAUGGAGUUUGUCAGGAAGACAUAAUUUUGUAUGGGCAGUCAGUUGGUAGUGGUCCAACAUUGCACUUGGCAGCUAAGUUGCCAAGGCUGAGAGGUGUUGUUUUGCAUAGUGCUAUUCUUUCUGGUCUUCGCGUGCUGUGCCAUGUGAAGUUCACAUUCUGCUUUGACAUAUACAAGAAUAUAAACAAAAUUCGAAAGGUGAAGUGCCCUGUGCUAGUGAUACAUGGCACGGAGGAUGAUGUUGUAAACUGGUUACAUGGCAAUGGACUCUGGAAAUUGGCGAGGGAACCAUAUGAGCCUCUAUGGAUUAAAGGAGGCGGGCAUUGUAACUUGGAAUUGUACCCUGAUUAUAUCCACCAUCUUUGCAAGUUUGUUCAAGAAAUGGAGAGUAUAACCACAGAAAUUCGCCUGAAAAAGAUUAGGCAGAAACUUCGGCUAAAACCAAGGUCUAAGAAUACUGCAUCUAACAAGUGCUGUAGAUUUAAACUAUGGCGGCCAAGAUGCCCUGCAUGUUUCAGAUCGAGGUGCAUAAAAUGUUUGUGUACGUCUAAAUGCAUUGAGUGUUGGAGAUCCAGGUGCCUUAAAUGUUGCUGGCGACCCAAAUGCCCCAAAUGUUGGAUACCCAGUUGUUGCUGCAGUAUUAAAUGCCUAGGAUGGCAGUGCUGCACGGGAACGCAUAGUGGGAUGAAUGGGAAACAGGAUGGCUGAUGAUGACAACAACAGGCUUUGUACAGAUUUUUCUGAAACUUACUAACGCCCCCUCUAAUCUUUGUGCAUUUAUUAGUGUACAAAACAAGAGGAAGUAGUAACUGUCUAAUUACUUGUGGAAAACAACAUAAUGCAUGUUUUCAUCAACUUAGUACAUUAUUGAAUUAACAUAA